CCGUGCAGGAAAGUGGCAGAAAAGACUCUGCUCUUUUGCCCCGCCCGUUCGAGCGCUGGUUGGUUUAGCGCGCCGGCGGCGGCUCUCCUGGUUGGUGGGGGAAGUCUGCCUGUCACGGCCGUCUCUAUAGGCAGGGGGAGAGUGAGAGGUGCUCAUGUAAAUGCAGCUGAGACUUCAAUGCACUUACUGGCCCACAUUCGACCAUCAAGACUUCACACUCAACUUUUUAAAAGGUCUCUUAAAGCACCCUCUUCUGCUACAUUUUCUUCCUUUGGUGCUAGCAAAGGAUCAGGCCCAAUGCUAAACAGAAAACUGGGAUGCCAAGGAUUUGGGGCAUCUGUGGCAGCAAUGACAUCCUUCCCUCCACAGAGAUACCACUACUUUCUUGUGUUGGACUUUGAGGCAACCUGUGACAAACCCCAGAUCCAUCCUCAGGAAAUAAUCGAAUUCCCUAUUCUGAAGUUAAAUGGUAGAACAAUGGAGAUAGAAUCCACUUUUCACACAUAUGUUCAACCUGUUGUGCACCCGCAGCUCACCCCAUUUUGCACUGAGCUGACUGGAAUUAUCCAAGAUAUGGUAGAUGGCCAGCCAACUCUAAGUCAGGUUUUGGAGAGAGUCGACGAGUGGAUGGCCAAAGAGGGCCUUUUAGAUCCAAGUGUCAAGUCCAUCUUUGUUACUUGUGGAGACUGGGAUUUGAAACUUAUGCUGCCAGGACAGUGUGAAUAUUUAGGACUGCAGGUUGCAGAUUACUUCAAGCAGUGGAUUAAUCUGAAAAAGGCUUACAGCUUUGCUAUUGGAACCUGGCCUAAAAAUGGCCUCCUAGACAUGAACAAGGGUAUGAGUCUUCAGCACAUAGGGAGGCCCCACAGUGGAAUAGAUAAACGUAGGCCGAGAAUUGGCCCCUGUGCUCGCAUUGGCCCUUUUUUUGUGUCUACACCCAGAACAACUGUGACAGCCUGGAUCCAGAUGACUGCAGGAACAUUGCUAACAUCAUGAAGACACUCGCUCAUCGAGGCUUCAUCUUCAAGCAGACCUCCAGGCGCAUCUGAUAGAGUUAUGGGGCGGCUGUGGGGUGGGAGUGGGGCAGGAGGCUGCAUGUAGCGCUUCCCUUACCGUGUGCUCACAUGGGAGGACAGACAGGAUACGGGACUCAAGGUGGAGGGGAACAGCAGUUUGUAACGGACUGAGCGUUGGCCUAAGAAAAGAGCCAAUGCUGUAAAUCUGUCACAUACAUGUAUAUAUGUCUCAUGCCACUCCACUUAUCUCUCUGUAUACCUGUCAAACAAUAUGCCAUUGCAAUACCAACCCAUCCCACAUGCAUUUUUAACUCCGUUUACCCAGUGUGGGUAUGCUAAGAAGUCCUGGUGAGGGAACAGCCUAUCAAACAAACAAUGCAUGGCUUCAGAUUUUCUGAACAGGUUCUUCUUGCCUAGGUCCCAUCCUUGGUAGAAACUUUCAUGUUAGAAUAGAGAACCUUCCUGAAAACCCUGAAGAAAUCCUGAAGACAAGUAUCUAAGAAUGUUCUUCUAUGACUGCAAGGAUGAACCCCCCUUGCAUUCAUAUAGAUUUAUAGGAAAGUUGUGAGAGUUUGCCCUUUCUACACACACUCUGUAUAACAUAACAAAAAGAAUGAUAUGCUGCUUAAAGUUACAGUAUCAAUAUAUCUAGUAAGGUCAAUGCAUAAAUAUAAUUUUAUGUUGGUAGUGGUGGCAUUGGGUGCAUUGCAGUGCUUUAUUGUUUGAUUUUUUUUAUUUUUUUGUUUUAGGUACUGUAGUUAGGUUUCCUGUUGUCAUUCUAUAUGGCAUGCUCUAUAGUUUGUUAGUGGUCUUUGAGCUUUUGCUGGAAGGCACACUAUUCAUUGAUGUCAUGUCCUGACAGCAUAUUCUCCUCUCUCUGCUCCUAUCAGCUGUAAAUUUAUCCCGUCAGUUAACUUUCUAAUGCUGGAGGACUGUUCUUGAGUUCCUGCUUUCUAUCGGCCUGCUUUUUCAGCAGUGUGUUUUCGCCGUCAGAUUUUGUUGGACUUCGAAAUGUUUGGUUUUUGUUUCAUUCAUUUCUGGUAGCUUACAGUACCAGAUUACAUGCAAAACCAACCCUACAGAUUUUGGCAUCCAAUAAAAUCUAUCUGACAAAGCUGUAUUCAAUUCAACUGUCUGCCUGGGCAUAGGUUAGUGAAUAGAGGGAAGAUGAUGAAUUAUAACUGGGGUAGCAUUCAGUUAUUACUUGUAUAGGGUGUUCCUCUGCUGUACAGGCAGUAUGUGUUACAUCUUUAUUCCAACAGUAUAAUACAUUGUAUGUUUCUUGCUUUUAUAUCCUGGUUACCGCAUGCAAAUUUGCCAACUUUAUUUCCAUAUGCUAUUUAUUUAAUGAAAGUUACAUUCAGUUUUAACCCAUGAGUUUCCCAGCCAGCCCCAGCAUUUGAAUAAGUGAAAGGUUGGACGAGAAAUGGUAGACAUUUUCUUGUGUUUACAAAAAGUGGAUAAAAAAAGCAUUAGAUUUUAAUUACAGUUCAAACAUGGGCAGUUAUUACCUCAAUUUUAGCCUAAACUAGACUAAAAUUCCCUUUGAUAUGGCCUUGCGCUGCCUGUGCCAGCCUCUUGGGCAAGAAACUUGUAUCUCCUGAAACUCCUGUGGUUGUACUUGUAAUUCACUGACAGCUGGAAGGCCACAGCUAUGGCAUCCUUCUUUUAUUAUGUUAUAUUAUUAUUAAAGGAAAUUAUGGAAUGAUUACAGAAUAAUGCCAUGCAGAUGGGCAUAUAAAUAUCAAGAUAUUCCAUAGCCAACCUUUUUUUUUCAAACAAAUCUUUUCAGAUAUGCUAUGUAUCUGACUGCUAGUCAUACUGCCUGAGAGAUUUUGUAGGAGACUGAGUGUAGAUAGUAUUGCAGAUUUCAAUGUCUAUUAUAUUUAUCUAGAGUAUUAACUUGCAUGUGCUUAAUUGGGCCAAUUUGAAUUUGCAGAUGACAGUAUAUUUAAAAAAAAUCAAAUAAUUUAGCAAAAUUCCAUGUCCCUUUGAUCCCCUGCAACUGAUUGCUUUUCUGAGUAACUGGAAUUCAGAAAGAAUUCUGUGUAAAUGAUUUUGCCCACAGAGCAGCGCCAACUCCAGAGAGAAGCUCAAAGACCUGUUACCAGAAUGAAUCUUUGUUAGUUUACCAAAUACUAAAACAUAAUAAUACAGUAGUCUAAAAUGCAAAAAAGAUUCAAUAUACAUUUUUUUAGUUAAAGAGGAGGAAAUAGUUUUGUGCUCUGUCCUACAAAUAGUCCCGGCUGAGGUCUUUGCAGGAUGUGAUGAGCAGAACUGAUACAGACAGGCUGCGCUUCCUUCAUUGUAAAGAGAUGUGUCCAUAUUCUGUCACAUACCCAUCUACUCUGGGACAUUAUGGGGAAAUAAGUCAAAUGCAAUGCCUAUCAGCCAUUUCUGGUAUUAUAUGUGUGCAUAUAUUGAAGGCACUGUUACAAGUAUAACUUUAAUUGGUUUGAAAUGUACUUCAAAAGCAGUUUUCCAUUUGUCUAUAAAUUAGGGUACUGAGUCUAAAUGCAAACAAAAGCAAAGACUGUAUAGGUGUGGUUUGAGAAGUCUCUUUAAGCCAUCUUGGCAAUUAUAACCUCCUUCUGUUACAAAUGAUGUGAUUUUUAUUCAGUUCUCUGCAAAAUGAACCUGAUCCAAAUGAAAUAUACAUAAAAAAAGUCUCUACAAAGUAUUUCAUGUUUUCCCUGUGAGCUAAAGUUUAAAGGUGAAUGAAUAUAACAUGAAAGAUCCUGUUAGAAUUGAAUUGCAACAAAGUGAACAUUAGCUUUGCUGUUUUCAAACAUGAGACAAUUUGCCCCUUACUUUUGUGAAGACUUAGCCUCCUGCCCCUCACUGAUACCCCUUCAGAUAAUUUCCCAUCUGAGAGAGGCAGUAAUAUCAUGUUGUACUGCAACAGGGAAAAACCAUGAAGCAGGAGUAUCCAGGCACCGACCUUACUGAUAUUUCAAAUGCACGGCAGGUGUUGUCGCUCCAAAUAAAUGAAAAUAAAUAAAUGAACAAAAUAAACAAGAAAAAUAAAACAAAUGAAGCUAAA